AUGCCACAGAGUUAUGAAUUUACUCAAUCAAGUAUAGCAGCAACUUGUGUAAAUACCUCAUCAAAUCUCAUUACAAAAUGGAAUCAAAAAGAUGAAGAAACUGAAACAACAACUUGUGUAAAUACUUCUUCAAAUCUUAUUGUAAAUUGGAAUAAAAAAAAUGAAGAAACUAAAACAACAACUUGUGUAAAUACUUCAUCAAAUCUUAGGAAUAAAAAAAAUACAAAAUCAGAAAUUAAUAUUGAAAAAACUUUUAAUUUAACUAUUGAAAAUAAUGAUACUAAUAAUGAUAAAGAAAAUCUCCAAAAGCAAAUCAAUUCUCAAAUGGAAGAGCAAGUAUCAAAUGAAAAAGAGUAUUUGAAAUUUCAACAAGUAGAAUUGGAAAAGAAAGAAAAGGAUCUGCUUGCUAGGCAAGAAGAGAUAAAGUUGGAAAAAUCUCGGCUCGAACAGGAAGUAAAAAUUUUGAGUCAACAAGUCGAAAGUUUAAAGACCGACUUGAUACGAAUAAAUACCAUUUAUCAAAGCAAUGAGAAAAAUAUCAACAAAAUGGAAAGUAAAUUGGCAACUUUUACGGCCGAUCAAUAUACUGAUAAAGCAAGAUUCGAAAUAAAACAGAUCAACCAAAAACUGGAAGAUAAAAAAGAUGAGAUUGAGGAAUUAGAAGGCAAGCUAAAUGAAGUUUCUAAAUCAAUUAGCAAUCUUAAAAAUAAAAUAGAUGAGUUAAAUCAACUUAAAGAAGAUUUUAAUAAUAAAUUAUACGGAAGUAAAGUUAGUACUGCUAAUUUGAGAAAACAAAUGGAUAGUUUAAACACUGAUAUACAUUCGAAAUCAAAGAAACUAUCAAACCAACUUAAGGAGCAGAAGAAAAUAAAAGAUAAACUUGUUGAAGUUAGAAAGAAUGCGAAAACAAUCCAAGAAGAAAAGGAUCAAAUCUUCAAGAAGAAAAGCGAAAUUAAAGAACUUGAAUUGAAAGAGUUAAUUGAUACUGUUAGAACAGAACUUAGUAAAAAAAGAAAGCCCAUGUUAGAGAAACUUUUGGAGGAACAAAAGAAAAGUAUUGAAAUUAAUGAAAUUAAUGGUAAUUCUGAUUCUGAAGAACUGGAAUAUUAUUCAAAGUAA